AUGCCGUACAGGCUGCUCGUCACAAAAAUCCCACUGCACGUGGGGGAGGAGGAAUUCUACGACUAUGUGCGUGCCCAUGUUAGCGGAGAGGCGGUGGUGAAUGCCCUUCUUAUUAUGCUGCCAGGGGGCGGGGGCGCAUCAACGCUCAUUUCAUCUUCCGGUGCUGCGCUGGUGGAUUACUCUGCCAAAAACGCGGCCGAUGCAGCAAGGCGCGUGGAUUUCUACGUGGACGGUGUGGCUGUAAUGAUGAAGGCGGUUGGCUCCGUUCCGACGCCAGGGCGACACACUGAGUUGCUGGCCGAAGAAGGGCGCGUGGCCUACCAGCGGCUUCGGCGCGGCCUGUCUCAUGCAGAUCGUUGUACCGCCCGCACCGAUGCGGCGGCGGGGCAGAAGCGACAGCGCAAGGACGAGAAUGUCGUCGUCGUCGAUGAUGUUGACACGAACAUGAAAGGCGUGCGGGAAACGGACAAUCAGAAGGCUGAGGAGGUUGAGCUCCGCCUUGUUGGGAUACCACAUGAUGUGUACGGUUCUCUUUUUGAUGAAGGCGUUGCGGGCUCAGGGUCUCAUACAACACGUCAAUCCACCGUCGACCUCUUCACGGAUGUCGCCCUCACCAUUCGCCGUGCGACUCUCGGGGAGCUGUUGUCGCUGCGACGCAUCACUGACGACGAGGCGGUUAUUCGGGUCUUCGCGGACACGGCCGAUACGCUACUGGGGCAGGCGGAGACUGGUCUCCAGCUCCUCAUACAAUCCACUGCCACUACUGAGGACGCCAAAGAAUUUCUUAAAGAGCCAAGUGACCAGCGCAUCCUCUUUGUGCGCCGGCCACGGCCACAGGUGCGAAUCACCGGUGAUAACUUUGCGCUGGCAACAAAGCACGAUGUGGUGGGGGCUAUGGCACGCAUAAUGGAGCUCACCAACGCGAAGGUCGCUGGCUUUAUUGACCCUUUUGGUAACUUGUUGCUUCCCUCCCUUAACUGA